AUGGAGAACAACCAACCUAGAGGCCGACGAAGAAUCGACACUUCCAGAAGGCGCGACACAAAGGAAGAACUUCUCGUCACCUUCUCGAAACGUCGAGCUGGCCUCUACAAGAAGGCCAGUGAGCUAUGCACCCUUUGCGGUGUGGAGCUUGGCCUCCUCAUCUUCUCCUCGAGUGGCAAACCUUUCACUUUCGCACACCCUAACUUUCAGGCAGUCGUUGAUCGAUUCCGUAACCCCGACAUCCAACGACCCAUCGGUGGAACUGGAGAUCCUAUUGAAGAUGCUCGUCUUAAGGCGAGCAUCGAGACACUUAACCAGCAAUUGAUGCAGCUUAGGGUUCAGAAAGAGAUCGAGAAGGAAAGGGCGAAGUAUUUAGCGGAACUUGCUGCAAAGCGUCAAACAAAGCUUCUGACUAACACAAACAUUGACGAACUCAGCCCCGAAGAUGCUCAAAAGCUGAAAGUCUGGCUUCUAGAUUUGAAGGAGAAGAUCCGCAAGCACCGUGAGAAGUUAGUCGCCAAUGCUCCCCAUGUUGAGGAUUUUCCGACUACAGUUGGUGGCAGCACGGGUGAUCCCGGCACUGGUGCCUUUUCAAGCUAUGGGGGUCUUAAAGAUUUUUCAAAUCUUGGUGAAUUGAUAUCAUAUUUUUUGGGUACAGGCGCUUCAUCAUCAAGCUAUUAUCUGGGUGAAGAUGGUCCUUCAACAAGCCAUGGUAGUGGUGGUGGUGGUGUUGGGUCUUCAUUGGGCUAUCCUGGAGCUGGUUCAUCAAGCUUUCUGGGUCCUCCUUCUUCUUCUUCAGGCUGUGGCCAGGGAAGCAUGCCCUAG